UAAGUUGUAGAUUUUCUGUGUUGUGUCUUUCGUAAUAAUCCUUCAUGCUUUCACCAUCACCAUCUUGAAGAUAAGAAGAUAAUUAGAGAAGAUGUUAUCAGACACAAGUUUAGAUGGUGGCACACCCUUGUUAGAGGCGGCAGGUGAUAAUCAUGGAGAACAAAGUUGGUGGAAGAAAGUUCUGGUUUUGGACGUGGAAGAAGCCAAAAAUCAAGUCUUGUUUUCACUACCAAUGAUUCUUACCAAUGUUUUCUACUAUGCAAUCCCUUUGGUUUCUGUCAUGUUUGCCGGUCACCUCGGCCAACUCGAGCUUGCUGGUGCCACUCUGGCCAAUUCUUGGGCCACUGUCACUGGUUUCGCUUUCAUGAUAGGGCUAAGUGGAGCACUUGAAACACUUUGUGGUCAAGGAUUUGGAGCAAAAAUAUACAGAAUGUUGGGAAUAUAUCUACAAGCAUCAUGCACUAUAUCCUUCUUCUUCUCGAUAAUCAUAUCCAUCUUCUGGUUCUAUACAGAGCCUAUACUUGUUUUAUUUCAACAAGAUCCCAGUAUUUCAAAACAAGCUGCUCUCUAUAUGAGAUAUCUCAUUCCUGGUAUAUUUGCAUAUGGCUUUUUACAGAACAUCUUAAGGUUUCUUCAGACUCAAUCCAUUGUUAUGCCAAUGGUCUUGUUCUCGGCGCUACCACUGGGCAUUCAUUUCGGCAUUGCAUAUGCUUUAGUUCAUUGGACAUCGCUUGGUUUCAAGGGAGCUUCCCUAGCAGCUUCAGUUUCGUUGUGGAUAUCAGUCCUUGUGUUGAUAAUAUAUGUGUUUUCUGCAAAAAAAUUAAAGUAUACAUGGGAAGGAUUUACUUUUGAAUCAUUUAGUUUCAUCCUCACAAACUUGAAAGUAGCCUUGCCCUCUGCAACAAUGGUAUGCCUGGAGUACUGGGCCUUUGAGAUUCUUGUGUUCUUAGCUGGAGUGAUGCCAAACUCAGAACUAACCACUUCGUUGAUCGCAAUGUGUGUGAAUACAGAAACUAUUGCCUACAUGAUUACCUAUGGUCUUAGUGCGGCAGCAAGCACAAGGGUGUCAAAUGAAUUGGGAGCAGGAAAUGUCAGUCGAGCUAAGAAUGCCAUGGCUGUGACUCUUAAGCUGUCUGUCUUCCUCGCUCUUAUAGUUGUUCUUGCUUUAGCUUUCGGUCAUAAUAUCUGGGCUAGCUUCUUCAGUGACAGCACCGAAAUCAUAAAGCAAUUCGCCUCUUUGACGCCCCUUCUUGCAAUCUCGAUAACCUUUGAUUCUGUGCAAGGUGUCUUAUCAGAAUUUAUGGUGUAGGUGUGGCAAGAGGAUGUGGUUGGCAACACUUGGCUGUGUGGGCAAACUUAGCAACAUUCUAUUUCAUUGGCAUGCCAAUUGCAGUACUUCUUGGAUUUAAGUUAAAACUUUAUGCUAAAG